UAUAACUGGAAACAUAAAUCAAAUGCAAUCACAUGCAUCAAAUAAACACACAAAGGCAAGUAUAGCACAUAGAGGUCAAUCUCAAAAACUGAAAUAACGUAAGACGUAGAAUUUACCCCCUUGACACUCACCUUGCUAUCGUGUCAAUAGACUUGAACCAACCACCAUGGAAAGGGUCGAUCACCUUGAGGUCAUCCCUCCUUACUUUGAAAUCUCCACGCAAUCUCCAAUCCAUGAUGUGAUUCCAAUAACUCAAAGUUUAAUUACGUGACCAUCUCAUCUGCCCCACCUCCUCAAUACGCAAAACAUAUAACUCCAACCACGAGAGUGCAAUAAUUACCAAGCGAAAGGUUAUUUUAUCAAGCUGGACCGCCUCCUCUUUUGUGAUACGACGAACACGCUGAUUCAUAAUUCCUCGCCAAUGCCAUAAAGCUAUACCACUACACCUUGCCUUCUCAUCCAACUAUCUCCGUUCUAAAUGACGUUAUAAUAACCCCUCAUUCCUUCCCACCAUAGUUUGAAAUACAUAUAUACACCACACACUAAACCCUGGUCUUUGCAUCGUCAUUUAUCGAACAAUAACAUAGAGGAAAAUGAGUUUACCAUAUGAUUUCCUCCUCCUUUCCCUAUAACGCAUUCUCGUUAAAUUUCAGGGAGCCAAGGAUUCCAGUGUCCUUCAUGUAUGGCACCGCCUACGGUGUCUACGACAUCCGCCCAGCGACUCCUCGAGCUUCCUCUAAAUAUCGCAUACCGCCGUCUGAGUCUGUGGGAUUAUACUGGUUCAAAUAUGGGGGAAGUAUGGCGGUGGCUUGACCAAGGGUGGAGAGUGGGGGUGAGAGAGGGGGAUGAGUUGGGGGAGGGGUUUGGCGGCCGCUUUGCUUUGUUUCUUUCCCGAGAGCAAGUUGCUUUCGGUGGGAAAGUAAAAGGUUGCGAGGGUUUAGCUAUUGGGGUGAGGCCGAGUGUAGUAGAGUAAGGGUCUAGGGUUUAAUUAGUUAGAGGGUAUUUUUGGAAUCUUACAAUUACGAAUGAAUUUAAUUCAAAACUCAAUUAACGUCGGUAACUUCCUCUUUUUAUGUCCAAAUUUGACACCGCUUAAACCGGCAAUUAACACUUUUAGUCCUCAUUGAUACUAUGGUGGAACUUGACCUAAUGGUAUAAUAGUCAUUUUGACUUUUGGAAAGAGCAGGGUGUAACAUGUUCUCGAUUUAAAUCGUUCUCUUCUUAUUCACUCUCGAGUUCCCUCAAGUUUCUGGGUUGAAGCCAACCAUAAGGUGAUCUAUUUGAUAAAUCAGCAAGUGACGUCGAUAUUGGGACUACAAUCUCCUUUCUUCGGUUUGUAUGGAAAACAACUUAACUACUGUUGGCUAAGGGUCUUUGGAUUCACCUGCUAUGUUAUUCUUCCCAAGAAGGAAUGUCAUAAGCUAGAACCCAACGUAGCCAAGUGCCCUUUUGUAGGGUACAAUGAAAGGUUUAAUGGAUACUUGUGUUAUGAUACGACAUCCCGCGGAUGAGAAUCACCUACAACAUGGUUUUUUUUAUAAAAUGGUCAUUAUCGGGAAUUGAAGGAGACCACCGCAGAUGCAUUUGAUUUUCUAAACUCCCUUCCUCUCACUACUCUCUUGGAUAUGUCAUCUUCUUCUUCACCACCCGACAAUCCUGGCUGUAAUAGCGCCGAGUUACAGAAUUCUUUUUCUAGUGGCUUGAAUGGAACUUCUUCUUCUAGUGGCUCAAGUGGAAUGGAUGACGACAGUUAUGCAUCUCCUGGUGGUUCACAGUCUAAUUCCUCAUCAUCACAGGCCUCGAGUCCCUUGACUUCUAGCUCUUUUUCCUCUAGGUCAUCUUCAUCUGGGUCAUCUAUAGGACCGGUUGAUGAUCACUUGAAUUCCUGCAUGUUAUUGUCAGCGGUUUGCAUGUAUCAACAACUACCCCAUCCUAAGCCAAGUUUAACCUAGGACGACAUUGUCUUAUAGUGGUAAUCAAGGUCGUAUUCUACUCGGGUCCUGGUACCCUCGCCUACUUCCCACCUUGUUGUUAAUUAGGUAAUCGGUUUUUGAGGUUCCGAAUGGAGGAUAUGAGGACACACUAGUCUAGAGGUUGAUCAAAGCUAAAAUCAUGUACUUCGGGGAACUAAUCCUCCCCCUAGUUUAGGGAUACUAUGCAUGUAUAGAUACUUAGGCUUAUCCAAUGUGGUGAGUGAGUUCUUUUCCGUGGGCCUUCAUUUCAAUGGACACUAUCCAUCGUCCACACCGAGGUUUCAUCCCGAGUUCCGUCUAGGAAGGCUACCUAUAACAUGGGUUUGGUCGCCUCGACCACUAUAGGCCCCCAUUCACUCAUCUAACCUAAACUCGCCAGCUGGCACAUACCCUUCUAAACCUGUAACUCCUUACCCAACGUGGUAGCAUAAAGUAGGGUAAGAGGGAAUAAUAGGGCGACUUACCCAAACGUCAUCAUUUAGGAAAGAGUGACAUUAAAAAUCAACUAGACAAACACGUUAAUUCAUUCAAACCCUAAAAUAUCCAUACAUACAUAAUAAAUCCUAAAACUAGGGUUUGGGGUUUAGAACCCCUAGUACCUUAGAGGACUACUCCAUAAAGGAGGGAAGAAGAUACAUGUUAGAAAUAGAAGAAUACUUGGGGUAGAAGAUGCAUCCUUGUUCCUAGCUCCUCCUUCUCUUCUUCUCCCUUCAGCUUCUCUCUCUUCUCUAUCUCUAGAACCAAAAAUUUCACCCAAAAUCAGCUCACUUUAAAAGGGGGGAAGGGGUCUUCUAUUUAUAGGCAACUUGGCUUUGGGGAAGUUCGCGGCCUGAGGCAGGGAGAUCGCGGCCGUGAUCUUUAGUCACUGGGCCGUGAUUUCAAAACGUUGUCUUCGAGGCCUUAAGGAAGGGGGAGAUCGCGGCCUGUCUUCGCUGUCGCGAUCCUUGAGUCACGACCGCGAUCUUCCUCGCGGGCAUUUUGCACGUUGGCCGUGAUUUGAUCGGGGAAAGUCUCUACUCAUCCAUGGCUACUUCCUCGUGAGGUUCACACCCUGGGGCUCCAAGAUCGUGGUCGCGAACUCGCGAUCUUUGGCUUCUGGGUCGCGAUCUUCAACGAGACUUCACGACUGGAGAUCCCGUCCGUGAUCUUUAGCUUCUAUGCCACCAUCUUUGAUCCUUUCCCCUUUCUACACGUGUGACCUUGUUUUGUGCCUAAUUUGCACAUAUUGACUAAUACACCCUAUAAUCACAUCAAAAUAAAAUAGGAACGAAAUAGGAACGUAUUUGACAAUGUCUAACCGCUGAAGCACAUGAAUUUUCACAAAACAUACUAUAAGAUAGAGGGUAAAUAACACCGAUUUUAGUGUUAUCAAACUCCCCCUCACUUAGGCGUUUACUUGUCCUCAAGAAAACCUACUCAAACCUAAUGCAAUAUGAUAGAUGAAUCAAUGAGGCAUGCAUGCUAGUUCUUCAUUGAAUAGAUAAGAGUAUACAGG